AUGCUGCUGCUGGCUCUCACCAGCCCUAAAAAAUUAUUUAAAUGCCCUGUUCCAGCUCGCAUUGUAUUUGAAGUUGAGGAUUUCGCUUCUGAUGUAGUCAGUGAGAAGCUAAGUUCCGUUUUACGAAACCGUGCUGGUACCGUACCAUUGAAGAGGGAAAUCCCGCCCCCUGAUCAUUCUUCAAUUAUUGUCGGACCCAGAACAAUAAACAAACUCGAUCAAGUCAUUCUCGAUUACAUGUCUAUAAGAGGUUUACAUCAGACAAGAGAGACAUUUUGUCGUGAAAUUUUUGCUAAUCAAAAUUUUGAUGCUGUCAAUUCUUCUCAAGAAGCAUUCCUACAAAUGUGGUGGAGUAAAUUCUAUGAAACAUAUAUCUCUGUGUUCCCUGACUUUCCUAUACUCAAUGCUGAAUCCUUUGAUAAGGUAGCAUCUAUAGUGGAACACGUUGUGGCUAACGACAUUCAUGCAAAUCAAUCAAAUACUUCUGAUCAUACGAGAGAAAAAAUAUCUAAUGUGAUGCCCGUGACGUUGUCACCUCCUUUGAUGGCGUCCUCUUCUGUGAUGGAAUCCAAUGAUCCUACAAAAAUAGAUGCGAUGAUUUCAGAAUUAUUGUUAGAGGACUUUUCACUGUCUCUUGAUCAGUUGAAUGAAAGGAAUGACAUAAUUCCAUUCGCAAACAAUGCUAGCUAUCAAAUGUCAACUAUUCUAUCAGAGGAGAAUUCAAGAGAUAACAGACAUGACAUAAAUUUGGAAGGACCAUCAAAUAUGCAUGCCCCUACAAAUGCCUCUGAUCAUACAAGAGAAAAAAUAUCUAAUGUGAUGCCUGUGACGUUGUCACCUCAUUUGAUGGCGUCCUCUCCUGUGAUGGACUCCAAUGAUCCUAAACAAAUAGAAUCGAUGGUUUCAGAAUUAUUGUUAGAGGACUUUUCACUGUCUCUUGAUCAGUUAAAUGAAAGGAAUGACAUAAUUCCAUUUGCAAGCAAUGCUAGCUAUCAAAUGUCAACUGUUCUAUCAGAGGGAAAUUCAAGAGGUAACAGACAUGACAUAAACUUGGAAGGACCAUCAAAUAUAAAUGCCCCUACAAAUGCUUUGCCUACUUCACCAGCACUCUUAGAUGCAGGGAACAAUAGAUCUCUCCAACAAGCACCUCAUCAACAAUGGCCAGUGCACACUCAAAAGGAACAGUUUCCGAGAGCAAUAUUAUUUCCUCAACAAAAUACAUUACCCGAUGGAGCAGCUGAAUACUAUGCUAAUAAGUUCAAACGUACCCUUGCAAGUUUUAGAAAUAGUGGCACUCAAGGUGAAUCGAGUGGAAAAAAUGCACGAGUGUAUGCUGAAUCAAAUCAAAGAAACUUGGGGAAUUUAUUAGCAUAUCAACAAACAAUAGCUCCUACAGGAAGAUAUGGAAAGCAACCUGUAAUGCAGAGCGGAAAAAAGAGAAAAACUCCAUUGAGUACUCCGGCAUUAGUUGUGAAAGACAGAGCUAUUGUCACUGGCAACGGAAGUCAAAGUAAUUCAACCUGUACAUGGAUGGAAAGAGCUAAACGAAAAGGCAUCUCUUUUAAACAGAUUCGUAACUUUUGCACAACAAAUAUCAAGCCUUUAUGUUGCCACUUCAAUACACAAGGAGAGUUUUUGGCUACUGCGGGACGCGAUAUGAAGGUUCUGAUUUGGGAGUUGGGAAAUAACAGUUUUAGUAGUAGAGAAGGUCAUACUCAGGGUAUUACAGAUGUCCGUUUUAGACCAAACUCAAUGAUGUUUGCAACAUCUUCCUUUGACAAAACUGUGAAGAUAUGGGAUGCAGCUGAGCCUAGCAAGACUUAUCGAAACCUUGAUGGACAUGAUGGGCAUGUAAUGUCCGUAGAUUAUCACCCAACAAAGGACGGUCUUCUCAGUUCUUGCGAUCACAAAAAUGAAAUUAGAUUGUGGGAUGUCAAUAGGCUUAAUUGCCAACUUAUUCUUAAGGGAGGGAGUAAACAAGUUAGAUUUCAACCUCAACUUGGGAAUCUUUUGGCAAGUUCUACCGAAAAUAUUAUAAAUAUUUUUGAUAUCGAGACUAAUAACAUCCAGAAAAGGGUACAAGGACAUGUUAACAACGUUAGUUCAAUCUGUUGGGAUAGAACUGGGAAUUACUUGGCAUCUGUGAGCGAAGAUAGUGCACGAAUAUGGUCUAUUAGUGAUGGAAAAUGUAUAUUUGAAUUGUUCUCCGGUGAGAAUAAGUUUCAGUCGUGCAUUUUUCACCCCGCGUACGCUCAAAUGGUGGUAAUUGGUUCCAAUAAGUUCUUGGAGUUGUGGAAUCCGGUCUACCAGAGCAACAUAACUUCGUCAUAUAAUGCACAUGAUGAUAUAGUUACUUCAUUAGCAGAUUCACCUGCUAAAGGAAUUAUAGCUUCAGUGAGUUAUGAUCAAUGGAUCAAGAUAUGGUCAUGAUUGUAUUUCGGUGACAAUAUUCUUAGUGCACCAUCAAUGUAAUGACUUAUAUCAAGUCACAAUCUUACACCGUUAUUUCAAACUCAUAUGCUCUAUUUUAUCAUUUGAAACUUGACAUUAAAAAUGUUCAUUAGACUUGUUGUUAUUGUUGGGUUUUGAAAGUCGU